AUGGAGGAAGAAAAGGACGGAGAAAUCCCCUUUCUGGAUGUCCAGGUGUCGAGACAGGAAGACGGGGCCCUCCAGACUGGUGUCUUUCGAAAGGCAACCGAUACGGCGAAAAUCCUCCAUUACAGCAGUAACCAGCCCUUGUCACAUAAACGCAGCUGCGUGCGGACGCUCUUCCUACGCAUCAACACACACUGCAGCACAGAGGCUGAAAAGCUGCGAGAGCGUAAAUCCCUAUGGCGUCUCUUUCUCUCCAAUGGGUACCCACGUAGCUUCAUAAACAAAUGCCUGUAUCAAAGGCACACGAAGACCGCCGGUGAACAAAAACAAAAACCUGAAAUCUUCCGUGCUUUGCCCUACGUGAGUGACGUUUCCGAAGCCACUGAACGCAUGCUCAGACCACUCAACGUCGGCCUUGGACACCGGCCGGAGGUCACUAUCCGCCGCUUGCUCAUGCAGCCUAAGGGGCGGCUACCACCUGAGGACACGUCAGGAAUUGUUUACCGCGUCAACUGUCUAGACUGCCCGGCCAACUAUUGUGGCAUGACCGACAAACGAUUAAGGUCGCGCAUGCAUGAGCAUUCUCUAGCUGUAAAGCGAAAAGAUGUGCGAUCACAUGUUGCUAUGCAUAGCCUGGAAAAUAACCAUCAUUUCGGCUUCGACAAGGCAGAAGUAAUCGGCCGGGCUGAAAGCAAAAUGGCGAGGGAGAUAAUCGAAGCCUGGCAAUCCAACGCCAACUCGAUCAACCGUAGGAUCGACCUACCGGCGCCAUACGAGGCCGUCAGACAUCACUUGGGCAGGAAAGGAGGGCCAAUAGGGAGAGAGAACAAUGGACCUAUCAGUAGUGAGUAAGAAAGACCUAUUUAAACCUUGUAUUCCCACUUUUAAUCUAUCUCCGAUGAUGCGCUCAAGUAUGAGUGUGAAACGUCAGAUGAAUAAAUCAUCCUCCCCAGAGAUCUCUUUACCUUCUUCCAUAUAUAUAUAUACGUAAAAAUGUAAUGGUAUGGGGCGCUCACCGAUCGCCAUUCCAGUCUCCAUUGUCUUUGUUGGUAAUGCAAUUCUGCAUAUAUACAUGUAUAUAUCACGAAUAUCGGAUGUGGUGUGCAUUCCGAGGUGAUAUAAUGAUUAAGAGAAGGCUCUUCGGAAUAAUCGAGCUGCACUCGUAAAUAUUCAAGUCAGUGACACAGACCCGUCGUCAGACCCGUCGUCGGGACCGGUGUUUUCCGAUAAGCUACAAACACAGAGAAAUUACUCCACUACAACAGCAACCAUCCGCUGUCGCAUAAACGCAGUUGCGUCCGGACACUUUUCCGCCGCAUCAACACGCACUGCAGAACAGAGGCCGAGAAGCUACAAGAGCGUGCGUCCCUGUGGCACCUCUUCCUUGUCAAUGGAUACCCACGUAGCUUCGUAAACAAAUGUCUGUUCCAAAGACACACAAAGACUGACGGUGAGGCGAACCAAAAACCUGAGGUACUCCGUGUCUUGCCCUACAUGAGGAACGUCUCUGAGGCCACUGAGCGUAUGCUUAGACCACUUAACGUGGGCGUUGGACACCGACCGGAAGCCACCAUCCGCCGAUUAGUCAUGCAGCCAAAGGGUAGGCUGCCCCCUGAGGACAUGUCCGGUGUCAUUUACCGCGUCAACUGCCUAGACUGUCAGGGCCAACUAUUGCGGCAUGACAAACAAACGACUUAAAACGCGCAUACAUGAGCACACCUUAGCCGUCAAGCGGAAAGAUGCGCGCUCACACGUCACCAUGCACAGUCUGGAAAAUGACCACCGGUUUGACUUUGACGGCGCCCAAGUGCUCGGCCGAGCGGAAAACAGACUGGCUCGAGAAAUAAUCGAGGCCUGGAAAACAGACACCAACUCCAUCAACCGCUGCGUCGAACUACCGGCACCAUACGAGGCCGCCAAACACCACCUACGCACCAGGGGAGGCCCAAUGAGGAUAGAAGUUGACGGCCCUAUCAGGCGAGAACGAGAGGGACCUAUUUAAACCGUGUAAUUUUCUAAUAUUUCCUAUCUCCGAUGAUGCGCUCGAGUAUGAGUGUGAAACGUCAGAUGAAUAAAUCAUCAUCCCCAGAGCUCGCCUUACCAUCUUCUUCAAUUUCAACACCUGGGGUCAGCAUUUUCGCAAACAUCCAUAUGUAUAUAUUUAUAUAUAUAUAUAUUGGAAAACAGGCAUCCCAAGAAAUAUAAUUAGAAGGUGAAGUUCUUUGGGAAACGGCAAAAUUUUUUUGUUAAUUUUCGAGACUGGUUCCCCAGCUCGUCUUCAGACAACGGGUGUGCAAAAACAAUUAACUUUUAGACUGAGUCUAGCAAAAGGAGUCCAUGACUGGAUAAGGUUGUCGUCUCGGUAUUGGCUGAUUCAGUUUGAAUCUGUCCUUAACAAUUUUGUAUGUGACAUCUAAAUCGAUGUGCCGGUUGAUGCGUGCCUCAUCUGAGUGCAUUGCUUCCAGGAAUUCGCGGCCUUUUCUUGUUUGGCCGGCGCCAACAAUGCGAGUGUUCUCCCAUGCGAAUUUAUGCCCAGUGUCUAGUGUGUGCAUGGCCACCUGGGAGAGAUGGUCGCGUCUCUUCACCGCUAACUGAUGCUCAUGUAUACGGGUUGAGACAGAUUUCCCAUUUUGGCCACAAUAAACGGCAUCACAACUAGAACACGGGAUUUUGUAGACGACACCUUUUCUUUCGAAGUAGCCGACCCUGUCCUUAGGGUGCACAAGCUGUGUGCGUAAGGUAGUUGCCGGCUGGUUUGCUACGUGUAUCUGGUACUUUUUCAAUUGUCUUUCGACAAGUUCAGAUACAUUUUUGACUUAUGGGAGAGUUCGCCAUGUGGUUUGUUUUGGUGCCUGAUUGGCCGUAGUGCUGGAAAUACCUUUUCCCUUGAGUUGCUGGUGCCUCAUGCAUUGACGUAUGAAGUCAUGCGGGUACCCAUUUUGGGAGAACAGUUUGUAGAGGUAUUUCAUUUCUGCUCGAUAACUUGUUUCGUCAGAGCAGUGCGUUUUGGCUCGAUUCAGAAGGCUGUAGACUGUGCUCCGUUUGUGAGAGACAGGGUGGUUACUCUAAAAGUGUAGGAUGACCUCUGAAUACGCCUCUUUGCGAUAAACUGAUGUCUGGAGUGAUCCAUCGGUUUUUCGACGUACAAGGACAUCCAGGAAUGGGAGUUGUCCAUCGACCUCUGUUUCCAAAGUAGAUGUAAUUCCUGGAAAUAUGGAGUUAAUAUUUGUACGGAGCAGAUUCGGCUGAUCUUUCUUGACGAUGACAAAAGUGUCAUCUACGUAUCGUAGCCAAAGUUUCGGAUUGACUGUGGGAAGGGCUAUGCUCUCUAAUUUCUGCAAUAAUGCUUCUGCCAGGAAACCGGAUAUUGGUGAACCCAUGGGAGCACCUUUUAAUUGCCGGUAGCAUUGAUUUGAGAAGGAAAAAUUUGUCUCCAGACAGAGAUCAAGGAGUUGAAGUAAAGCCUCUGGAGGCACCUCAGAAGUAUAUGUUUGAAGGAGUUCUUCGGUGCAGCUUUUCGCUAAAUCUAGUGGAAUCGAAGUGAAGAGCGAGACCACAUCGAAUGACACCAUAAUCUCGUCACAUGUGAUGUUGACACCGCUUAAUUUGUCUAGAAACUCUUUUGAAUCCUGAAUGGAGUUCUCGGAGUUCUUCGUUAGUGGAUGUAGUUGGCGAAAUAGCCAUUUCGAGAUCUUAUAGUUGGGUGCACCGAUUAGGGAGACUAUCGGUCGCAGCGGAAUAUCAGUUUUAUGAAUUUUGAGAAGACCAUAUAUCUUGGCAAUUGUUGGUUCAUCUUGUUUUAAAGACUUGGCAAGAACUCCUGUGAUUAAUUUCCUACCCGAAAGGCGUUUGAGUGUUUCUUCAAUAUGUGAGUUUUGCGAUUUGGUGGGGUCGGCAGCUAGAGGUUCGUAUGUUGAAUCAUCUUUUAAGAGUGACAUGAUACACAGGCAGAAUGGCAUUACUGACAAAGACAAGGGAGACUGGAAUGGCCAUUUCUGGCUUAUUAGCCGUCGUCAGCCAGCCAUACCCAAGCCCGAAGUGGGGAGCACCCGAGCCUCGAACUCGUGACCUGUUGGUUUUAGAAGUCCACGCCUCUUAACCAACAGGUCGCGAGUUCGAGGCUCGGGUGCUCCCCACUUCGGGCUUGGGUAUGGCUGGCUGACGACGGCUAAUAAGCCAGAAAUGGCCAUUCCAGUCUCCCUUGUCUUUGUCGGUAAUGCCAUUCUGCCUAUGUAUCAUGUCACUCUUAAAAGAUGAUUCAACAUACGAACCUCUAGCUGCCGACCCCACCAAAUCGCAAAACUCACAUAUUGAAAAAACACUCAAACGCCUUUCGGGUAGGAAAUUAAUCACAGGAGUUCUUGCCAAGUCUUUAAAACAAGAUGAACCAACAAUUGCCAAGAUAUAUGGUCUUCUCAAAAUUCAUAAAACUGAUAUUCCGCUGCGACCGAUAGUCUCCCUAAUCGGUGCACCCAACUAUAAGAUCUCGAAAUGGCUAUUUCGCCAACUACAUCCACUGCGCCGCUGUGCGGUGGCUAGUUGGGCUCGAGAGAGAGUCCUUAAGGCACAACAGAACGAGUGAGUUCUGUAUGAACGAUCGGUGAGCGCCCCCUAACAUUAUAUAUAUAAAUAUAAAUAACUGAAGUAUUAUGCAUUCCGAGAUAUAUAUGCAUAUAUAUUCAUAUACAUAUGACAGAUGGGCGCUCACCGAUCAGGUUACGGACCAUGCUCGUUCUGCUGUGCCUUGCGGAUCAUACUACAACUUUCGCAGGCAGUCGCACAGCCACUAGUGGUAGAUACAGAUGAAAUGGAGCCGACAAAGACAAGGGAGAAAGGAAUGGCCAUUUCUGGUUUAUUAGCCGUCAUCAGCCGUCAUCAUCCAGCGGAACGAGCAUGUUCCGUAACCUGAUCGGUGAGCUCCCAUCUGUCAUCAUCGAUAUUGCCGAUCACAACCGACAAGACAAGGGGCCCGUGGCGCAAUGGUAGAGCGUUGAACUCCAUGACCAAAGGUCCCGGGUUCGAAUCUAAAGUGAUUCGCACUUGGGGUUGGGUAUGACUGGCUGAUGACGGCUAAUAAGCCAGAAAUGGCCAUUCCGGUCUUCCUUGUCUUUGUCGGCUCCAUCUGACAUAUAUAUAUAUAUAGGCAGAAUGCUACUUCCAACAAAGACAAGGGAGACUGGAAUGGCCAUUUCUGGCUUAAUAGCCGUCGUCAGCCAGCCAUCCCCAAGCCCGAAGUGUGGAACACCCGAGCCUCGAACUCACGACCUGUUGGUUUAGAAGUCAACGCCUCUACUAACCGGGCCACGAGCCCGUUGCCCUGUCGGUUUUCGAUGGGGAAUAUACAAUGUUAGGGUGCGCUCACCGAUCGUUCAUACGGGACUCACUCGUUCCGUUGUGCCUUAAGGGCUCUCUCUCGAGCGCAACCAGCAGCCGCGCAGCGGCGCAUGAUAUAUAGGCAAAAUUAUAGUACCGACAAAGACAUGGGAGACUGGAAUGGCCAUUUCUGUCUUAUUAGCCGUGGUCAGCCAGUCAUACCCAAGCCCGAAGUGUGGAACCCUCGAGUCUCGAACUCGCGACCUGUUAGCCAGAUGUCCGCGCCCCCAACCACUGGGCCACGAACCCUUGCCCUGUCGGUUUUCGAUCGGGAAUAUAAAAUAGUUGGGGUCGCUCACCGCUCGAAAACCGACAGGGCAACGGGCUCGUGGCCCAGUGGUUGGAGGCGGGGACUUCUACCUUACAGGUCGCGAGUACGAGACUCGGGUUUUCCACACUUCGGGCUUGGGCAUGACUGGCUGACGACGGCUAAUAAGCCAGAAAUGGCCAUUCUAUUCUCCCUAGUCUAUGACGGUAAUGCCAUUCUCGCUCUCUCUCUCUCUCUCUCUCUAUAUAUAUAUAUAUAUAUAUAAAUAUAGAGAGAGAGAGAGAUCGCCUCAUCCUCCUCUUCCAUAUAUAUAUAUAUAUAUAUAUAUAUAUAUAUAUAUAUCAUGCGCCGCUGUGCGGCUGUUGAUUGGGCUCAAGAGCGAGCCCUUAAGGCACAACGACUCGCGCCUGAUAGGGCCAUCAAUUUUUAUUCUCAUUAACCCUCCCCUGGUACGUAGUUGGUGUUUUGCUUCCUCUUAUGUUGCCGGUAGGUCGACGCUACUGUUGAUGGAUUUGGCGUCUCUUUGCCAUGCCUCGAUUAUUUCUCGCGCGUGUCUGUUUUCCGCUCGGCCGAGCACUUGGGCGCCGUCAAAGUCAAACCGAUGGUCAUUUUCUAGACUGGCGGCAUUAGAAGGGACACUCGCAAAGACGGAUACCACAGAAGACUCCAAGAACUCCAUUCGCCAGCGAGUCUCAUCCCUCAUCAUAUCCCACAAGCCACGUUGAACCAUCUCCUCGGCCGAAUUAAAGGCCAUUAGGGAAUUAAAAAUGGACGAAGAAAUAGUCAUUGUUCCAGCGGACAAAGGACGUGCAACCGUCAUCUUGGACAGAUCAGAGUACGUCGCAAAAGCCCAGGCACUACUAAACGACAAGCAGUCAUACAGAGUCGUCGGCUCUGACCCCAUAAAAACACACUGAUUGGCAAAAUCAACAAGGGUUUUAAUCAGCUGAGGAGCCAGAACGCGAUAUCUGAAAACGAUUGGAGACAAAGGAGACCGCAAGAUGCCGCUCCAGCGCGUUUCUACAGUUUGCCAAAAAUCCACAAGCCAAAUGUCCCCCUACGAUUCAUCGAAGCGCUGAAAGGCACACCUACCUACGGACUGGCUAAAUGGCUUGUCAAGCACUUAAAUACGCUUACGGAGGGCUCUGAACACACAGCCCUCUUGCAGCGUGUUCAAACACACUGCAGCGACGAAAAUGGGAGGAAGGAGGAGAUUAAGUUCUUGCACACCCUAUUGAAAUCCAACGGGUAUCCGAAGUCCUUUAUACGCAAGUGCCUUAAGAUGCCCCACCCUGAGCGGUCGGACGGAGAAAACCCGAAAUUUUGGCUCGCAAUCCCUUAUGUGAAAAACGUGUCAGAGGUGACGGCAAGAAUCCUGAAGCCUUUCGGGAUCGGAGUGGCUCACAAGGAAGAGUCAACAAUCAGACAGAAAAUAAUGAGGCCCAAAGAUCCGCUACCUGUGACAGAACAAUCAGCGAUGGUCUACAGCAUACCAUGCCAAAAUUGUGGUGCAAGGCAUGUUGGUGAAACGGGCAAACGUCUUGGCACAAGAUUGCAUGAGCACUAGCUUGCAAUCAACCGCAAAGAAAAGCUGUCUAUGGUUUAUGGCCACAUCAAACAGCAGAACCUCAAUUUCGCCCUUGAAAAGGCAAGCGUAAUCGGCCGAGCCAAUGAUAAGAUGGCCAGACUGAUGCUCGAAAGUUGGUCCUCGACUCGCACACUCAACAGAGACAUAGAUCUGCAUCCCGCCUAUCAGGCGCUACCCACAAGACUCGAGUCAGUGCGGACAAGGCCAUCAGGACAGUCGAGCAAAGUGACGCGUGGCCGACAUCCCAUGUCAUCAGAAAGUGGGAGACAAGCCGGCCCUGGGUCAUGUGACCAGCAUGAGACGCCACCUCACCGCGACGCCCACGAGGCUGAUAUCAACUCACAUGAGCCGCAACAAGUGAUCAGUCCGUUGAGUGACGGGGGGGGGGAGGCCGACAUGUAUGCUGACUCCAACAAUUACGACGACCGCAAAGGGGUCAUUAGUGGCAGGAGCCCAUCGGCGGUCAAUCGUGGAGAGGUCAACGCUAAUCAGCGGCGAACGGGCAGGUCAGAGUUCGUGCCUCGCACACGGAUAUAAUACCAGGCAGGCAUCAAGGCUGACGCACUCAAGACCAGCAGAAACUGUCAACACAUUACUCUGCUGAUGGAAACGAGAGGGUUUCCGAAACAUCAGUACAAAUAUAACUCGGUCCAUGAAUGCGCCCUAUCUUCUUCAUCGUCUUCUUCGGGGGAUGAUGAACGCGAUACAUAUAUAUAUUUCGAAGAAGAAUGAGUCCUUUGGGAAAAUGGACAAACUUUAUUUCGUAAAUUUUCGAGCCUGCUUCCCCAGCUCGUCUUCAGACGUGUAGUAAGUGUGAAGAAACAGUCAAAAUCUAAACAAUGCCGAAAAAAAUCGAUAUUGCUCUGUCAUGCAAUCUGACAGAUUUGGGCAAUAUCUUCAUUUUUCGGCAUUUGUGUAAAAACGACAACUGUUCUCGCGUUAAAAUUUCGCGAAUUGCACACUUCUCUCACCGUCUAGCUCGUAGCAAAACUUCGCGAUCGUAAUUCAUACGUAUGUACUUGAAGAUGGGCAUCCCAAGAACUCUGUUUUCCUUGACAUCCAGUUCACAAUGGGGGCGGAAGCCAACAAUCAACUGCCGUUCCUGGACGUUCUCGUCCAUCGAAAACCCAAUGGGCACCUUGAAACGAAGGUAUAUAGGAAGGCCACUAUUAGCGCCAAAUCCUGAGCUUCCACAGUAAGCACCCGUUAGGCCACAGACGCAAUUGUGUGCGAACACUCUACAGAAGGGCAGAAACACACUUCAGCGACCUGGACGAUAGAAGGUCAGAACUACGCUACCUCCAGCGCCUCUUCAUGGCCAACGGGUAUCCUCGCAACUUCAUCGAACGCGGCAGACAGGCCGGACCGAGUCGACGUUUGGUGACAGAACGACCAACAAUAUGGCGGGCGCUUCCAUACAUCGACGGCGUUUCUGAGGCCGUCUCGCGUCUCUUAAGACUGCUGGGGAUCGGCAUCGUCCACCGACCGGAGUCAACAAUUCGACAUCUGGUCAUGAGACCCAAGGCCCCUCUGCCAUUAGGUGAAACCACGGACGUCAUCUACCGGAUCCGGUGUAACUCCUGUGAAGCCAACUACAUUGGGGAGACGGGCAAACGACUACAGACCCGUGUUGAAGAACACAUGAGGCCCAAGGAAGACCCUAUUUUCAGAUAG